CCGGAAGUGGUGCUCGGGGCUGGCGGGACGAUGCGGUUGGCGGGGCUUCUGCUCCUCACAGCGCUGGGCUCGGCGCAGAGGACAGUUUGCCCUGGGACAGACAUGAAGCUGGAGCUGUCGUUCAGUUUAGAGAACCAUUACUACACACUGCGCAAACAGUACGAGAACUGCCGUGAGGUACAGGGCAACCUAGAGAUCACCCACCUUACAGGGAACCACAAUCUAUCCUUCCUGCAGAAUAUUCAGGAGGUCCAAGGUUAUGUUUUAAUAGCACACAAUGAAGUAGACUACAUUCCUCUAGAAAAUCUACGCAUCAUAAGAGGAAGCCAGUUGUAUGAGGAUCAGUUUGCGUUGGCUGUCCUGUCUAACUUUAACCCCACCGGUACUGGUCUCCGUGAGCUUCGGAUGAGAAGUCUGACAGAAAUCCUGAUUGGGAGUGUUCAGAUCAGCAAUAAUCCCUGGCUCUGUUACCAAGAGACCAUCCAAUGGGACGACAUUCAGGACAAGAAAAACAGGAUCCCUUUUGUAGGACCAGUGGACACGAACCGAUCUGAGCAGUGUGGCAGCUGCAGUCCUGCUUGUGAGUCAGGAUCAUGCUGGGGCUCAGGUCCCGAAUAUUGCCAGAUAUUGACUCGCAAGAUCUGUGCCCCCGAGUGCCUGACUCGGUGUAAAGGACGAGACCCAACCGAUUGCUGCCACAGCCAAUGUGCUGCAGGCUGCACUGGACCGAAGGACACUGACUGUCUGGCCUGUUACCAUUUCAGCAACGGUGGAACGUGUCGGGGGGAUUGUCCACCACUCAACAUCUACAAUGCUCACACCUAUCAGAUGGAGCCCAAUCCCGAUGGGACGUACAUCUUCGGAGCCAGCUGUGUCAAAAAGUGUCCACGUAAUUACUUAGCGAAUAAUGUGGGCUCGUGUACUCUGAACUGUCCAAACGACACCAAAGAAGUUAACCGGGGGGAUGAACAGAAAUGUGAGAAGUGUAAUGCCCCCUGUCCCAAAGUGUGUAACGGCUUGGGUGUAAACAGUCUGAAGGGCGUGCGGGCCGUGAACUCUAACAACAUCAAUUCCUUCACUGGCUGCACUAAGAUCUUCGGAAGCUUGGUGUUUCUUGCCGAGACCGUCUUUGGUGACCCAGCUGCGAAGAUCCCACCCCUGGACCCAAGGAAGCUGCAGGUUUUUGGUCCUUUGACAGAGAUCACAGGGUAUUUAUAUGUCGAGGCCUGGCCACAGAAUUUUACUGAUCUAAAUGUAUUUGAGAAUCUCGCUGUCAUCAGAGGACGAGUGUUGUACAGAGGUGCUUAUGCAUUAUUAGUGCAGAAUCUCCAGAUACAAUCCCUGGGGUUUCGGUCUCUGAAAGAUAUUAGUAAUGGGCUGGUGCUCAUUCAUCAGAACCCUAACCUCUGCUACGUCAGCUCCAUUCCCUGGAACCAGCUGUUUAAGGAGGAAAGUCAGGAGGCAUUGAUAACAGCCAACAAACCACAGGACGUGUGCCAAGCUGAAGGGAGUAUCUGCAACAGCCUGUGCACAAACAGCACCUGUUGGGGCCCAGGACCAACAAAUUGCAUCUCCUGCAAAAAGUUCUUCCGAGGCCGGGAGUGUGUGGAAUCGUGCAACUUAUACGAAGGGGUGGUGAGGGAGUAUCUUCAUGAGUCGUCCUGUAUUCAGUGUCACAAGGAGUGCCUCCCACAGAACAAAAACCUGAGCUGCAGAGGGAUGGGAGCUGAUGACUGUGUGGAGUGUGCUCAUUACAAGGAUGGUACGCACUGUGUGGAGAAAUGUCCAAGUGGGUUACACGGGCAUAUCUGGAAAUAUGCCGAUGAAAAUGGCUUCUGUCAGCUAUGUCCAACAAACUGCAGUCAUUCAUGUACAACUGAUGAUGUUGGAUGCCCUGAGGAGCCCAUUCACAGCCAGUUGACCUCAGUGGUGGCUGGGAUAGUGGGGAUGCUACUCUUCAUGGUCCUCGUGAUACUCCUUGUCGUCUGGUUUAAGCGCAAGAAACGACUGAAGCGGAAACAUACAAUGCUGAGACUCCUCGAGCAGAGGGAGCUGGUCGAGCCAUUGACUCCGAGUGGAGUUGUCCCAAACCAGGCGCAGAUCCGAAUCCUGAAAGAAACUGAAAUGAAGAAAGUGAAGAUUCUGGGAUCUGGUGCUUUUGGAACUGUUUACAAGGGAGUCUGGAUGCCAGAGGAUGAAGAUGUGAAGAUCCCUGUUGCUAUUAAGGUUUUAAGAGAGGGAACUUCUCCAAAAGCAAACAAAGAGAUACUGGAUGAGGCGUACAUAAUGGCAGGAGUGAGUAGCCCUUACGUCUGUCGCCUGCUUGGGAUCUGCCUGACAUCCACUGUGCAACUGGUAACACAGCUGAUGCCGUAUGGAUCCCUGCUGGAUUACAUCCGAGAAAACAAAGACCGGAUUGGAUCCCAACAUCUCCUCAACUGGUGCGUGCAGAUCGCAAAGGGAAUGAAUUACCUGGAAGAUCACGUUCGAUUGGUCCACCGUGAUCUAGCAGCAAGGAAUGUCCUUGUGAAAAGCUCGAAUCAUGUGAAGAUCACAGACUUCGGACUUGCCAGGCUCCUGGAUAUCGAUGAGACAGAAUAUCACGCAGAUGGAGGAAAGGUUCCGAUCAAAUGGAUGGCGUUGGAAUCCAUUUUGCACAGAAAAUUCACCCACCAGAGUGACGUCUGGAGUUACGGCGUAACAGUCUGGGAGUUGAUGACUUUUGGAGCUAAACCGUACGAUGGAAUCCCAGCUCGAGAUAUCCCUGACCUGCUGGAGAAGGGAGAGCGUCUCCCACAGCCCCCAAUCUGCACCAUCGAUGUCUACAUGAUAAUGGUUAAAUGCUGGAUGAUCGACUCUGAAUGUCGACCCAGAUUCCGGGAAUUGGUGACAGAGUUUACAAAAAUGGCCCGAGACCCACCACGAUAUGUGGUAAUCCAGGGUGAUGAGCAGAUGGUCCUUCAGAGCCCCACUGACAGUAAAUUCUAUCGCACCUUGUUGGAGGAUGAGGACAUGCAGGACCUGAUCGACGCUGAAGAAUAUCUGGUACCACAUCAGGGAUUUUUCAACACUCAGCCCUGCAUCCAUAACAGGAGCAGAAUGUCAUCUUCCAGAAGUGCAACGAGUGUGGCAGAGGUGGGAGGUCAGGGAUCAGAGGCAGCACAGAGCUCCAGCCUGGCGCAUGCUGCCUCACAACAAUCAGCAGCUGCCUGUGUGGAUACUUACGCUGAUGCCGAGGGUUCGGGAUGUAGAGGAGCUCCCUGCUGCCCCACUGGAGAGGACAAUGUCACACAGCGGUAUAGCUCCGAUCCCACAGUGCGUGUGACUGAUGAGGAAGAGGAGGAGGUGGACAGUUAUAUUUCGCUGGGCUCUGAUAAAACAGAAACAGACUACAUAAACCAACCAGAAGAAACCUCAUCAUCUGGCCGAGCUGGAAGACCCGAGUUAGUCGCUCGAAGCAGUGCUGGGAACGGCCCCAUGAUCCCGAAGAGUCCAUUCAGAAACAUGGUGGAAAAUCCUGAAUAUCUGACUCACCAGAGCCUGGUAUCGGGGGUCAAGGAUCUGCCGUUCGAUAACCCUGAAUCCUGGGGCCAAGAUCCCCAGAGCAGGUCACAACCCGGGAAUACACCAUGCCUGACCCCUGCUGCUCCCCUGCUAACACAACCCAAUGGGUACAUCCGAGUUGCAACAGCAGAGAAUCCUGAAUACCUUGGCCUGGCUGAAACCAGUAGUGUAUAGAGGGACCUGGCAGCUCCUGGUGUAACCAGCUCUCUUACUGCCAGUAAACUGAACCGAAAUAAGAAUGUUAAAGUUACUGAAAGCAGAAGGAUGCUUCUCCUUGUGUCUAACAGCAUCCUUGAAAAGGCAGCUUGUUUUACUUAUCACCUUAACUGAGUCUCACUGGUUCCUGGUGAGUGAGGAAUUCGUUGGUGCCAGUUUCUGUCAUGGAAUCUUCUACAAGUGUGAACAUCAUUCCCAGUGAACCAGAGCCCAGGUUAAGCAGCAAAGCUUUUCUAAAUGUAGCAUUUCAGAAAUUCGGGUGGAGUGGAAACUGUGCUGGUCUGGGCCAGUGAACAAACACUUUCAGGUGUGAGCAAGCCGACUGUUAACUGUUUCCUCAGAGUCAUGUUUGGAAUACAAAAUCACAAAACUAUUUGAGAAAAGCACAAAAUCCAAAUUCCGAUCCAGGAGUCCCUGACGAUUCAGUGAUGACCCAGGCCGGCAGCAUUUCCAUUGGCCUCUCCACACCAGAUCCCACACCGUGCAGCUGUUUGGGGCAUCACCUGGGAAUCUCAGUGGAGCCCCUGGGCGCUGGCCCUCCCUCCCUCCCUGGGCACUGGCCCUC